AUGAUUUUGACACUGCUAUUGUGUCAUUGGACAUAUCUACCAAGGGAUUCGUGGAAUUUUCAUCCCCCUUUUGGGUAUGCAGAUACUAAGAGUCCUUUCAAUACCAACCGGUAGACAUCAUCUGGUUAGAUCUUGCUAGUAUUAACAACGAGAAGAAAAUAACCAAAUGAAAAUAACAACUAAUUAUGGCUCCUGGCCCAAACAACAUCCUAUAAAGGGGAUUGUAGCAAGAGGAAAUGCCUAGGGAAAUAUUUUUAUUCCUAGGCUACAGUAAGUAGAUUGAGAGACUGUUCCGCCCCUUGUCCCCGAAGAUAGGUAAUAUAUUCUCAAAAAAUGUUGCUCCAACCUGACUUAGCUGGCGAGUUAUCUUAAUUCGCGGUAGAGAACAAGACGACGAGUGAGUGUAUGUUUAUUUACUUCUUUUUUACCAACGACAGAAGUUUAAGGAUAAUUGCAGGUCAGUGGUUACCUAAGGAAACUCUGAUUCGAUUCGCUCGGCUGGGAGGCAUUUAUCUCAUCCCGAUCAUAAGAAGAGGUUCACCAUGA